AUGCGAUGUGAAACGAUUAACGACAUUGAAAAGAUUUUCCAUGAGCCUUACUAUGUGAACUUAAAAAAAGUUUUAUCAAAAGCACAACGUUUAAUGGAAAAAUGUCCGCCGGAAAUUCAUCCCAGACUUCAUAUGAAGCCUUUCACUCCUUUGACACGAGAUGAAUAUCAGAAAUUCGAGAAUUAUCCAAAACAUUUGAGUGACAAUAAAGUUAAUGAAAUUGACUCACUCCGAAUGGAACAAAAAAUUCUCGACGCAAAGUUGGUUGAGAUGGAAGCGUUUGAGAAAUCAAUUAAUACUCGUUUGGAGAAUCAUCUUAUCGACGCUGAAUACGAACAGCGAAUGCGAGAAAUUGAAUCUUCUUAUGCUAAAGCGCUUGAGGAGGAAGAAGAGCGAAUAACUUGUCAGAGGAAAAUGCUGCUAUUGAGUCUUAAAAAGAUUCGUGAACAUGAGAAUGAAACGCUUAUCCAUACGAGAAAUAGUCUGCUUAGGAAGCAAGUUGAAGCAAGCGAGAGUGAAUUGGAGUCAAUGUUGCGGAAUCUGCAAAAACAGCGUAUUCGAGAGGAAAUUGAAUUGCAGAUGGCUGAGGAAAAUCUUAAGCUUAAAGAGAUGUCGCAGCGUAUGCAAAAUUUUGAGAUCGAUACCAGCAUGAGAUCUGGCACAUUAGAGAGUCGACAUAAAACUUCAAUAGAAUCGAUCAAAAGUCAAAAGCAGCGUCUGAUGGAUCAACUGAAACAGCUUGAAAGCACGACAUCGUCGACAAAUUCCACUUCAAAGGUAUUUGAUGGCAAAGGAGAAGGAAGGGAAGAAACGGAGAGAAAUUGCGAAAGCUCGUUUCAAAAGAUUGAAAAUAAUUUCGAUCUGAUGGUUGGAAAAAACGGUAGGAAAGAGGAUUACAUUUCACGAAUGAAGAAACUCGAAAUUGCUGAAAAAGUUUUGGAAGACGAGCUUCAUCAUUUACUCGAAAACUCUGACAAAUAA